ACUCAGACGUGGAGUUUUGUAGACUCUGUACUGGCUGAAGGGCUGUUGGCCUGCCUUUCUUUAUUUCUCUCUUAAAGAGAACCAGCGGGACUAUACAGCAGCAUUCAGAUUUCUCUGGACUGCUUGUGGGUGGGAACCAAGGAACCUUUUAUCCCCUGAGAGUACCAAGUCUCGCUGAAGUACCUGGCCCUGUAGAAAAAAUGAGCGAUCUGCUGAAUGAUGGCUCUUUCAUGUUCACGUCGGAGUCCGUAGGAGAGGGACAUCCAGACAAGAUUUGUGACCAGAUCAGUGAUGCUGUGCUGGACGCUCACCUGAAGGAGGACCCAGACGCCAAAGUGGCCUGUGAGACAGUGUGUAAGACUGGUAUGGUGUUGCUCUGUGGAGAGAUCACAUCUCGAGCCAACGUGGACUACCAGAAGGUGGUGAGGGACACCAUCAAACACAUUGGUUACGACAACUCCGACAAAGGUUUUGACUACAAGACAUGUAAUGUGUUGGUGGCUCUGGAGCAGCAGAGUCCGGACAUUGCCCAGGGGGUCCACGUCGACAGAAAGGAGGAGGACAUUGGAGCUGGAGACCAGGGUCUGAUGUUCGGCUAUGCCACAGAUGAGACAGAGGAGUGCAUGCCGCUCACCAUCGUCUUAGCCCACAAACUCAACGCAAAGAUGGCUGAACUCAGACGCAGCGGCACCAUCGCCUGGCUGCGUCCUGACUCUAAAACACAGGUGACAGUACAUUAUGAGCAGAAGGAUGGAGCUGUGAUCCCCAAGAGAGUCCACACCAUCGUGAUCUCUGUCCAGCAUGAUGACUGUAUUUCCCUGGAGGAACAGAAGAGGGUCCUCAAGGAGAAGGUAAUCAACACUGUGGUUCCUGCUAAAUAUUUGGACGACAAGACCAUCUACCACCUCCAGCCUAGUGGCCGCUUUGUCAUCGGAGGACCCCAGGGUGAUGCUGGUGUGACAGGCAGGAAGAUCAUUGUAGACACAUACGGAGGUUGGGGAGCUCAUGGUGGUGGAGCGUUCUCCGGCAAAGAUUUCUCAAAGGUGGACCGCUCGGCUGCCUAUGCAGCUCGCUGGGUGGCCAAGUCUCUGGUCAAAGCCAAACUGUGCAGGAGAGUCCUGGUUCAGGUAUCUUAUGCUAUCGGAGUGGCCCAGCCUCUGUCCAUCUCCUUGUUCACUUAUGGUUCCUCCCAGAAAACAGAGUCAGAGCUGCUCCACAUUGUCAACAAGAACUUUGAUCUGCGGCCAGGAGUUAUUGUCAGGGAACUGAACCUGAAGAGGCCGAUCUACCAGCAGACAGCCUCUUAUGGCCACUUUGGCCGAUCAGAGUUUACCUGGGAGGUACCCAAAAAGCUCAUCUACUAAAAACUCCACCUGCCUGUCCUGAUCGACUCACAUCGAGGCUAAACAAGAAGCCUCUUUGUGGGCUACAACUGCCAGCUCCAUCAUCUCCUGAUAGGACGUUUUUUAAUAGGAAGAAUUAAAGCCAAAGUUAGGGAUAUGUCAGCUUUAAAAAGGUGGUAACAUAAUUAAGUGGUUGUAGCCGAUGGACAUUUAAUGGGACACUGCUGAGGACAUGUCACAGAGCGAUCCUACCACCCCUCACAAAACAUCUAAUUAUUGGUGCUUUAGAAAUAUAUGUACAAUCAUCAUCAAAAAUCUUCCCUAUUAAAUUAAAGAAACACCACAGCGAAUAAAAUACUAUGAAGAUAAAUAUUGCUACCGCACUAGAGGAAGACUAUUUUACCUCAAAGCUGUAUAUGUUUGUUCACGUGACCAGUACGAUGUAAAGAAAUAACCUUGGUGCUUCACUUUCAAAAGUAGGUAUUGACAACAGCAGCGCUUUUCAUGCGAAGGUGAAAAGUGUAAUUAUUGUUUAACCAAAGGCUUGUGCUUUAGAAGAAAAUUGAAUCUUUUUGUUAUGAGUGUAAAAUUCCUUUUCGAAGUCUUAUGUUGUAAUGUGUGCUACAGGAAGCUGUUUGCACUGUUACAAUCAACGCUGUACAAGAAGACAGGUCAUUAAAAUGUGGGGAGAGCUCUUAUUUCAUAAACAUGUAUUACAGUCAAACGAAUGUAAAACAGCCAUGCAGUCUUAUGUUUUCAUACUGCUCUUCGUCCCUGUCAUCCUUUCAGCCUUGCUGUGUUUUAAUUUUAAGUUGCUUUUCAUUUCUGCACAGCUCCCCUGGUGGUUGAUUUGUAACUUUUUUUUUUAACCUUUAACCACGUCUGCUGCCGUGACUGAGUCUGUAAAUGUGACUCAUAUUAGCAAAUAACUACAAGUCUGAACUCUUAUUUGAUUGUGAAUCCAUCUCUUCUCUUUGCAGUGGAAUACAUAGCUGCACACUGCUAAUAUUAAAGCAUUAGUGAACCACUGUUUAUAUCUGACAGUCGGACAGCCUUCUCCUUCUAUGCCUCUGAUAUUGAGGUAAUUUCUUACUCACUGUGAAUCUAAAAACAUCUCGGACUAUUGUCAAGUUACAGUGCAGCUCUACUUUGCAAACAGAGAUCCUUCCCCUUGAAUUUAGAGGGUUUACCAAAAUAUUUCUCACAGGGCAUUUAGGUCUUUAAGUCACUGCUUAAUCACAAAAUAUUUCAUCUAAUUCUUUCCUUGUGAAACACUUCUGAUGGGAUUGAAGAAGUGUGACCAGUACUUAAUUUAAAACUUCAUGUCUGUAGAGGUUUAGGACUUUGUGAUAAGUGCAACAGCCUGUGCUUUCAUCUACAGUCGACAACGUUUUUGUAAGAGAGGCUUCCCUCCAUUUAAGGUUUUGACCCGCGCCAUCUUCUGUCAACUUUGUUGACAGGGAAACCGGACAAUGUAAAUAAUUAAACAAUAAAGAAAAUUAAAUGUA